AUGCAUAUUCCUUCUUAUAAAAUCAUUAAAGAAGAUGAUCUACUUCUUCAAUCCAGUUUACACAGUUGUAUCAAUACGACAAGUGUUUCAACUACGAUCACUGAUAAGCAACAAGAUGAACAAUGUCAUGUACGUAUAGAAUCAUCCUCUUCUAUUCUUUCAGGGCAUUUUCAUGCACCACAAUGUAGAUGUUCAUACACUACUUUGCCUUUAUGGAAACGUUAUUUAAUUGAUUUUCGCAUGGAUAUGAUUUCAUUUUGUCUUACAUAUCCUAUUGUCGCCUUUUUUACACUCAUCGCUCUUUUGAACACCGCACGUAUGCGACUUAUCAAUAGUCACCAACAACAACACUUGGAUCACCUUUCCUUAGAUGAAGAAAUCACUCAAGAUGAAAUGUAUUAUGCUGAAAGAUGGGGUUAUGGUUGCCAACAACAUCAAGUGAUUACUCGUGAUGGCUACAUACUAAAGAUGUAUCGUUUUUACCCACAAGGGCAAAAAUAUAGAAAACCUGUUUUCCUUGGUCAUGGUUUAUUCCAAUGUUCAGGUGCAUUUGUACUCAAUGAAAAGAAAUCUCUUGUAUUUGCUUUAGUGGAUCAAGGUUAUGAUAUUUGGACUGGUAAUAACCGUGCUAUUGGAGGAUUGGACCAUAUCUCACUUUCACCAAAAGAUCCUUGUUAUUGGAACUGGGGCUUAAAGGAACUGGCUCUCCAGGAUUUCCCUGCUAUGUUAGAUCAUAUUCGAACUACAACUGGACAAGAAAGGGUCGCUUAUAUUGGUCAUUCUCAAGGUAAUGCUCUGGUUUUUAUCGCUUUAUCUCUACAACCUGAACUGGCCAGCAAGAUGAGUUGCUUUAUUGCCCUUGCUCCUGCAGUAAUUUCUGGUACCUUGUAUUUUCAAUUUACACCUCGACCUGCUAGUACGCGACUUUUGUCAGAUUGGUUAGAAGGAUGGGGUAAGCAAGGAGUGUGUUUAUACAUGACUGACAGAGGAAAUCAAAUCCAAGAAUCGUAUGACAAGAUUCCUUUGGCAUUAAUUUAUGGCGGUGAAGACUAUUUGGUAGAUGGGGCUUCGUUUGUGCGAUCCUUUGAAGGGUAUGAUCAUCAUGGCUUGGAUAUAAAUACUCGUCAACUUGCUACAUCAAAUCAGUAUCAGUAUAACUUCUCUUUCCCCUCUUUGGAUUUGGUGCAUGUAGAACGCAUUCCGGGUUAUGAACAUAUGGAUACGAUUUGGGCUCAUGAUAAUCACAUCACUACCUAUCCUGUUAUCUUCAACAUCUUGAACUCGGCUCGCUGGCAAUCCAACGAUGUAGAAUAA